UGGGUAAAAAUGGAUGCUCACGAUCUCUUUCGCCGGCUUGGUGUGGGGGCCAAAUUCGACGUGAGACGUUUCUCUGCGGACGCAGCGCGAUUCCAGGUAGGAAAAAGGAAACAUGACUUUGAUUCUUCAGAGGUGCUGCACAGACUGGACUUCUUUGGAAACAAGAAGUCUGUUCCAGGUGAGUGUGGAGCAUCAAGAACUCAUCAGGAGCUUAAAGAUGAAGAGAAAAAAGAAGAGAGCCUAAUUGAAAAGAAGAGGGAACAGAGCAAGAAAAAGAGGAAAAUGAUGAUGUCAGAAAUUACUUCUCAAGAAGAAGGUUCUACUAUACAGUGGAUAUCAUCUGUAGAAGCAAAGAUUGAAGAUAAAAAAAUUAAAAGAGAUAAUAAACUAACUUCAGGAAAGUUGGAGAAUCUCAGAAAAGAAAAGAUAAACUUCUUCCGGAAUAAACACAAAAUUCAUGUCCAAGGAACUGAUCUUCCUGACCCAAUUGCUACAUUUCAGCAACUUGACCAGGAAUAUAAAAUCAAUUCUCGACUGCUUCAGAACAUUCUAGACGCAGGCUUCCAGAUGCCUACACCAAUCCAAAUGCAAGCCAUUCCAGUUAUGUUGCAUGGUCGAGAACUUCUGGCUUCUGCUCCUACUGGAUCUGGAAAGACUUUGGCUUUUAGCAUUCCCAUUUUGAUGCAACUAAAACAACCCACAAAUAAAGGCUUCAGAGCUCUGAUUAUAUCACCAACACGAGAACUUGCCAACCAGAUUCACAGAGAGUUAGUAAAAAUCUCGGAGGGAACAGGAUUCAGGAUACACAUGAUCCACAAAGCAGCAGUGGCAGCCAAGAAAUUUGGACCUAAAUCAUCUAAGAAGUUUGAUAUUCUUGUGACUACUCCAAAUCGACUAAUCUAUUUAUUAAAGCAAGAUCCUCCAGGAAUAGAUUUAACAAGUGUCGAGUGGCUGGUAGUAGAUGAAUCAGACAAACUGUUUGAAGAUGGCAAAACUGGGUUCAGAGACCAGCUGGCUUCCAUUUUCCUGGCCUGCACAUCGCAUAAGGUCAGAAGAGCUAUGUUCAGUGCAACUUUUGCAUAUGAUGUUGAGCAGUGGUGCAAACUCAACCUGGACAAUGUCAUUACUGUAUCCAUUGGAGCAAGGAAUUCUGCAGUAGAGACUGUAGAACAAGAGCUUCUCUUUGUUGGGUCUGAGACUGGGAAACUUCUGGCCAUGAGAGAACUUGUUAAAAAGGGUUUCAAUCCACCUGUUCUUGUUUUUGUUCAGUCCAUUGAAAGGGCUAAAGAACUUUUUCAUGAGCUCAUAUAUGAAGGUAUUAAUGUAGAUGUUAUUCAUGCAGACAGAACACAGCAACAGAGAGAUAACACAGUCCACAGCUUCCGAGCUGGAAAAAUCUGGGUUCUUAUUUGUACAGCCUUGCUGGCCCGAGGGAUUGAUUUUAAAGGUGUGAACUUGGUGAUCAACUAUGACUUUCCAACCAGUUCAGUGGAAUACAUCCACAGGAUAGGUCGAACUGGAAGAGCAGGGCAUAAAGGAAAAGCUGUUACUUUUUUCACUGAAGAUGAUAAACCAUUAUUAAGAAGUGUUGCUAAUGUUAUACAGCAGGCUGGAUGUCCUGUGCCAGAAUACAUAAAAGGUUUCCAAAAACUACUAAGCAAACAAAAGAAAAAGAUGAUUAAGAAGCCAUUGGAAAGGGAGAGCAUUAGUACAACUCCAAAAUAUUUCUUAGAAAAAGCUAAGAAUAAACGGAAAAACGUCACUGGUCAGAACAGCAAGAAGAAAGUAGCUCUUGAAGACAAAAGUUAAAAACGGACUUUUAAAAAGACUGUAUCAGAAACGGAAUUUUAUGAUCCCAGCAUGAAUGUUGUUUUCAUGAAAUACUUCAAAUCCUGUAAUCACCUGUAACAUUUGAAAUCAACUACAAGAACGUGGGACUGAUGAAAAAUGAUGCUAAACUAUCAAUGCAUCAUGUCAGAUUUCAAUUUGUAGGUGACUUUUAAAUGAUUACACAAUGGAAAUAACAUUCAUUCACAUUUCUGUGGUGUGAAUCCAGAGAGAUACUUCUUAUAGAAGAACAAAAGCUUAUGCUAAAAUUAACCACACCCAAAUGUGAACUCUUAAGGAUUUUUUCCAUCAGUGUGAAGGAAGGUGUGAUGUAUGCUGUGGAGAGGCAUCUGGAACCAAAUUUCAAAAUGAAGCCUUGAGAUUAAAUGCCCCCUUUCACCACCACCCUCACUUUUUUUUUUUUUUUGAAUGGACAAAAAGCAGCACAGGCUGUCUACCAAGAAGAGACCUAUUGCCCUCUUUA